CCUCUUUGAGCCUCAUUUUCUCAUCAGUUAUAAACAUUAUUUUAUUUAUGCCUUUGAACUUCUGUGAGGGAAAUUUCAUUGUUCCCAUUUCACAGAUGAAGGUACCAGAGUUGAACGGAUCUGCUCCUUGGCCCAAGCAAUAGAGUCCCAGGAGUAAAAGUAGGUUCUGUUUGGUUCCCAAACCCAUAAAGUCCGACUUCAGGCUGGAGUGUGUGAGGGGCCUCUGAGGACGGCUGGUCCUGGCAGAUGGAGACGGAAGGGAGGCGGUGGAGGGCGGUUAGGGUCUCGGCACAGUGCGGUAGAGCUGUCCCGUGUCAUCAGCAAGCCUUCGUUUUCAUUUCAUGGUCAAGCCUCCGUGUGGUCGCAAAUCAGUGUGACUCGGAAAGUGUUUUACUGCGGGUGUCAUUCCUUCACACUGUCCCGUAGAGCUCCUCACCCACGGGCCUGGGCCUUCUCUUCCUUUCUCCGCUUCACCGACAUUUUUGCAAAGUGAGUCAGCUACAAGAACAUCAAGUAUGUCUGUAUUCCUGAAUAAACGCCAUAUGAAUAACGUGUUUCUCUUGCACACACACACAGAUACAGUCUUCUUUGCCUGGCAGGCAGUGUAGCUCAGCGGUGAAGAGCGUGGACUGAGCUGCCUCUGAGGUGGGAUCCCAGCUUUCACAGCUUAGGGCCUGGGCAUGUCUCUGGGCUCUAUUUCUUCCUGCAAAGUAGUCCCAUAGCAGCGUCUGCCGUCGUCCUGCGGACUAGAGGCACCGUGUGUGCGGAGCAGGACGUGCUGCCCCGUGAGCGCACGUGGUGUUGGGUGUGCGUGGUGCUGCUCAGGUCCUGUUGGAAUGGCGUGGACGCCGCCUCUCGCCGUCCCCACGGUGGAUACGGCGGGCUGUGUCCUUGGUGCCUUCCCUUCUGAGCUGAGCCGUCACUGCCCAGUGAUGCCUUCACAGUGACCCGCCUGCUUCCUUGGCGCUCGUCGCCUGGUCCUUGUGCCUGUGUGGCCGUCCCUCGUGGCCCUGCUCGGGUUGUCCUCUGCGCCUCUGCUCCUCGGUUCGCUCUGAAAGUGCUGCCGCCCGUUCAGAGGGCUGCUGUUGGCUUCCAGGACUCUGGUUACUUAGUUUUCAGGGCUCUUGGCAUUUGCCUCGAGCCCAACCCACAUCCCUCCCACCAUCCACACAAGACGCCCUCACAGGCCUGCUCCCGUGGCCGCCAGCUGUGCCUGCUCCACUCUCAUCUGUGUCAUCUGCUCGGCCCUCCAGGCACAGCUGUGUGCACUUCCGCUCUGAACUCCUUUUCUCUGUGAGGUUUCUAGGUGCAGAAAUCACACCCCUGUUUUCACAAAGUGUGGCACCCAGGGCAUCAUGAAUGUCAGUGAUCUCAGACUCCGGUUGUCCCAAGCUGGGCAGGAACACCUGCUGCAGUUCUGGAAUGAGCUGGAAGAAGCCCAGCAGGUAGAGCUCUAUGCAGAACUCCAGGCCAUGAACUUUGAGGAGCUGAAUAUCUUUUUCCGAAAGGCCACUGAAGGGUUUAACCAGUCCUCCCAGCAAGAGAAGGUGGAUGCACGGAUGGAGCCUGUGCCCCGGGAGGUGCUGGGCAGUGCCACUAGAGAUCAAGACCAGCUCCAGGCUUGGGAAAGUGAAGGACUUCUCCACAUUUCUCAGAACAGAGUGGCGGUGCUUCUUCUAGCCGGUGGGCAGGGGACGCGGCUCGGUGUCACAUACCCCAAGGGGAUGUAUGAUGUUGGCUUGCCAUCCCAUAAGACCCUUUUCCAGCUUCAAGCGGAGCGAAUCCUGAAGCUUCAGCAGCUAGCUGAGAAGUGCCAUGGCAACAGAUGCACCAUCCCCUGGUAUAUAAUGACCAGCGGCAGGACGAUGCAGUCCACCGAGGAGUUCUUCGCCAAGCACAGAUACUUCGGCUUAAAGAAGGAGAACGUCAUCUUUUUCCAGCAGGGGAUGCUGCCAGCUAUGAGUUUUGAUGGCAAAAUUAUUUUGGAAGAGAAGAGCAAGGUGUCCAUGGCUCCAGACGGGAACGGAGGCCUUUACCGGGCUCUGGCCGCCUGGGACAUCGUGGGGGACAUGGAGCGCAGAGGCGUUGUCAGCGUUCACGUCUACUGCGUCGACAACAUCCUGGUGAGAGUGGCAGACCCACGGUUCAUUGGAUUCUGCAUUCAGCAGGGAGCGGACUGCGGCGCCAAGGUGGUGGAGAAGACGAACCCGACAGAGCCGGUGGGCGUGGUGUGCCGCGUGGACGGGGUGUACCAGGUGGUGGAGUACAGCGAGAUCUCCCUGGCCACGGCGCAGCGGCGGGGCCCGGACGGACGGCUGCUGUUCAACGCGGGGAACAUCGCCAACCAUUUCUUCACUGUGCCCUUUCUGAGAGACAUUGUCAAUGUGCACGAGCCGCAGCUGCAGCACCACGUGGCUCAGAAGAAGAUUCCGUGUGUGGACUCCCAGGGGCAGCACGUGAAGCCCGACAAGCCAAACGGAAUAAAGAUGGAAAAGUUCGUCUUCGACAUCUUCCAGUUUGCAAAGAAGUUUGUGGUGUAUGAGGUGCUGCGGGAAGACGAGUUCUCCCCUCUGAAGAACGCAGACAGUCAGAACGGCAAGGACAACCCCACCACAGCCCGGCACGCGCUCAUGUCCCUGCACCACUGCUGGGUGCUCAACGCCGGGGGCCACUUCAUCGACGAGAACGGCUGCCGCCUGCCCGCCAUUCCCCGCACUGGUGCGCACGGACAGCCCGAGGCCGUCACCGCCGGGGUCGCGGACAACUUGAAGGACGCCAGCGAUGACCCGAUCCAGUGCGAAGUCUCCCCCCUCACCUCCUACGCCGGAGAAGGACUGGAGAGCCUCGUGGCCCACAGGGAGUUCCACGCGCCUCUGAUCAUCGACGAGCAUGGGGUCCACGAGCUGGUGAAGAACGGGCUGUGAGGCAGGCGCUGUCCUCGCACCGAGAGCAGCUUCUGGUGAUGGACCCGCGGGACCUGCAGGCCCUCAGGCUGCCUCCUGCUCCGAGAGCCCCUGCAGCUGCUGCAUGGCCCCAGGAGCCGUGGACUGGAGUCAGGGCAUUUCUGUGACUCUCAGCUCAUUGAAGGUCUUAUUUAUAUUUUUCAAUUGUAGGAUGUUCCCCAGCCCAGGGGACCAUGCCGUCCGGGACACAUCCUGCCGCUUGUGUCGGGCAGGGUGCGCAGCUCGGUCCUCGGCUGGCCUGGCCCCUCACGGUGCACAUAGAGAUAAUGUGCAUCGCUCACGUCGAAGGGUUUCUAUGGUACUGAAGGUUGGUUUUACUUUAUCAAAAAGUAAACUUUUUAAAGAAAAUCAUUAGACAGGGAAAUAAACUUUUAAUCUCUGUGGAGUGUCA